AUGUCCGCCUCCGCAUCCACAUCACAAGCCAUACAGAGCACAUCUGCUGCGGUAGAGCAUACCAAGGAUGAUGACGUCCCGCACCUUGGCGUUCUGGAGGAAGACGACGAAUUCGAGGAGUUUGCUGUAGCAGACUGGGACGAUUCGCAAACGGACCUCGCACAUCUGGGUGGCACCGCUCCGGGCGCUGCGAAGUCGGGCGGGGACAAGCUUUGGGAGGACAACUGGGAUGAUGAUGACAUUGAGGACGAUUUCAGUGUACAGCUUAGGAGCGAGCUGGCGAAGAAAACGGGCAACGGUGGCUCAGAGCCCAUGCAGCACUAG